CGGACGAUCAAUUGCACCGAAGUUAUUUUCCUCGUGUGGCCUUCCCAGCUCGCACAACCAUUAAAUACAAUCUGCCCACCCAUGAUCUACUCGCAAUGAUGUCCCCAUGUGCGUGUCUGUGCCGGAACAACUACUCUUCGGUUGCGACACCGAUAACCCUCGGAUUCUGUCCAGUCCAGGUCUGGGACACCCACCCACCCGACUUGACCCACCCGACUUGACGUUUACCCGAAGCGAACCACGACGUCAGUUUGCGAACCACCCCCCUCAACACCAUGUCGCUGCCUCACCUCCCCCUCCUUUUCUCUCCCACGAUAAAUCACCGACACCGCUAGACAUGGGAUAAAUCGCGCAUUAACGACAAUGCCCUCCCGCAAUUCGCCCACUAUCUUUGCACCGGAGGGCGCGGCCAAAUUUGUUGGGCUUACUACCCCGAUCCUGCGACAACGCGGCCGCCCCUCU